AUGGGACGAGAGAAGACUGAAAGCAUCACAUUUCAGAUUGAAGCAAACGAGACUCAUCCACCCAACAAUGCUAUAGUGGUGCGAGUCAGGGUGACUCUUCUGGACGAGAAUGACAACAGUCCUGCGUUCACCAGUAACAAGUACGAGGGGAAGGUGUUUGCUAAUCAAACGGAGGGAAUGUCGCUGGUCCAGGUUAAAGCCGAAGAUCCAGAUGCUGGCGAGAACGGGCAAAUCACAUACUCUAUUGACUUUGGCAACAACGACGGCUACUUCUCACUCGAAGAAAACAGUGGAGACAUCACGCUGGCUAAAAUCAUUCCCCUGGUGGAAAACAAGAUAUUGCAGUUCCCUCUCUACAUAACAGCCAGAGAUGGCGGCACCAUAUCCCGCUCCUCCGUGGCACAGGUGAACAUUCGAGCUCCGGGAAACUCAAAACCUCAGUUUUUAAAAGCAUUGUAUCGUGGCAACGUCGAAGAAGAGCAGGACUCAGGAGUCGCGAUUCUCAGGGUGGACUUCCUCGCAAUAGCUGCUGAGAUUCCUGUGACUCUCCUUGUUGAAACAGAAGCCGACAAGUUCUCCAUCUCCCCCAGCGGUGAAUUCACCACUAAAGUGAAGCUGGACUACGAUGAGGCUCCACACAACUACUCCGUGACCAUCUCCAUCUCUAACGGAGUCGACCGUGACAGUGCAGUCGUGGAGGUUCAAGUCACUGACAUCAAUGACAACAGUCCUGUCUUUACCUCAAGUUCUGUCACAGUAUCAGUAUCAGAGGACGCAGAGAGAGGAUCCAACGUCACUGUUGUUCCAGCUACAGACAAAGACAGCAGCUUCAACAAGGAGAUCAGAUACUCUCUGAGAGGAGGAGAGGGGAGGUUCUCUGUUGAUCCUGUGUCUGGGAUGAUGAGUGUGGCUGGUGCACUCGACAGGGAGACUAAGGCCGAGUACAACCUGCUGGUGGUGGCUGAAGAUCAGGGUCGUCCAGCCCGGUCGGCCACAGCCUCCCUGCUGGUCCAAGUGUCCGACAUCAACGAUAACGUCCCCGAGUUCUCAGAGGCUGAGUAUCAGGUGGAAGUCUCAGAGAUGGUGUCCGCGGGUACGAGCGUGCUCACCUGCUCAGCUGUAGACCCCGAUGAAGGAGAAAAUGGGAGAGUUACUUUCAGUAUUUUCCAGCAAAGUCCCCCGUCAGACCCCUCUGUGUUUGAGUUGGACUCUUCCAGCGGGACUCUGCGACUGACGCAGCCUCUGGACUACAGUGAGGUCAAAGUGUACAGGCUCAAGCUUCAGGCCUCUGAUGGGGGGAUUCCCUCUCUGGUAGGGAACGGCUCUGUGGUGGUGAAGGUGAAAGACGUGAACAACAACCCGCCCGAGUUCAGUAAGGAAAGCUACGACGUGGUCGUCUCUGAGAACCUGGCCAGCGGUGCGUCCAUCCUGACCCUGGAGGUCACUGACAGGGAUGAGGGUGGAUUCUCUGAUGGCUACUUCCUCUAUACCAACGAUACCUUCGACAUUAACAAACAAGGCGUGGUGUCGCUGAGGAAGGACGUCACCUUGGACCGAGAGGCACAGGACAGCUACAUAUUUCAGGUGGUGGCAGUGGAUCACGUCAGUGACGGUCUGAGAGCCACAGCUCGGCUCAACCUCACCGUGCUCGACUACAACGACAACGUGCCACAGUUCCCGAGGAUCCCCGACCCCCUACUGAUCCCUGAGGGCGUUUACUCGGAGGAAACUCCAGGAGAACUUUUCACCAUCGUGCCCACCGACGCCGACCUCGGCCCCAACGGAGAAGUCACCCUCUCCCUCCCCUCCCCUCACCCACUCUUCAGGUUCAGAGAGGACGGGACGUUGCUGGCUGUUGGCUCUCUGGAUCGGGAGAGCAGGGAAACGUACGACCUGGUUGUGAAGGCGUCAGACGCAGGCGUCCCACAGAGGGAGACCUUCACCACGAUCAGAAUGAGCCUCGUCGACGUCAAUGACAACACACCUGAGUUCAGCUCCAGCAGCUACGUCAGCAGCGUCCUCCUGAAAGACGCAGAGAAAGGGAAGCUGCUGCUGACGCUGUCCGCCAUCGACAGAGACGCCGGGAACAACUCGCUCAUCACCUACAGUUUCCGUGCAGGAAGUUCUCCGUAUUUGGCGUUGAACAGUGAGACCGGGGCAGUGACCUUGACCUCUGACGUCGCUGAUGUCAUAGAGGACACCGAGCUCGUGCUGACGGCGAUGGCUGCAGACCACGGCCGGCCUCCUCUCAACUCCACAGCUCGUGUCGUGGUGAAUCUGAGGGUCGUCAGUCUGGUGGAGGGCGUGGCCUUCAGUAGCUCCUCCUACAACUUCAGCCUGCCUGAGAACCAGCCCGUGGGGGCGGCGGUGGGGAGUGUCAUGGCCUCCUCAGGAAGUGACCUUUACGACGUCGCCUACACUCUGAAAACACACACUGACCUGUUCGACGUCGACGUCAGCGGAGCCAUCCUGGCCAAAGCUCAGCUGGACAAGGAGGAGCAGGAUUGGUUCAUCCUGGAUGUGGCGGCGGUGGACACGAGGACCCCCCCUACGACAGCCACUGCACUGGUCAGAGUUCAGGUGGAGGACGUAAACGAGGCUCCACAGUUUCCCUCGGAGGGCUAUAAAGCCUCCGUGUUCAGCAUCUCCCCGUACAAAACCCCCGUCGUCCAAGUCCAGGCUUCAGACCCCGACGUUGGGGAGGAGGGUCGUCUGGUGUACAGUCUGCCAGCGCAGAGCGCUUCCUUCGACGUGGACGCGUCCUCCGGUCUGCUGUACGUGGUGUCAGCAGGGGCUCUGGCUGGACAGACGGCUUCAGUGGAGGUGAAGGUCACGGACCCCAGAGGACUUCAUGCUACAACCACGGUGCAGGUGGACGUGCAGGGAAGUGCGAGCAGCGGCGACGUGGUGGUCAUCUCCCUCAACCAGCCAGCGAACGUCGUGGAGAAGAAAGUCCCGGCGUUGGAGAAGUCUCUGGGUGCGGCUCUGGGCUUCACCGUGAACAUCAUCGAGGUGUCGAGCGCUGACGGAGGAUCCUCCGAGUCCAGAGCGCCGAGAGCCGGCGUGAAGACUUUGGUCAGCUUCAUCACUGUAGACGGAGGAAAGGUCGUCUCCUCCGAAGAGGUCACAGAGAAGCUGCGGAGUCAGUCGGCCGCUGUGAGGGCGGAGCUGGUCAAAGUGUUCGGGGAGGGGCUUCAUUUCGACGUGGAGAUAAAGCCUCAGAGCGCCGCCUCCGACCAGGCUGUGGUCAUCGCUCUGGGCGUCAUGUUGGUCCUGAGCAUGGUGGGAUUGAUGGUUACUGUUGCCUUGAUCAUCAGGUUCAAGAGGAGUCAGAAACAUCCCGAGGAUUCUGACAGAGAGAGCUUCGACAUCGACCGACACGCUGAAGGUUACACGAACUCGACUCAGGAGAUUCCUGAACAGGGACGGACGAGGCCAGCGGAGGACGAGCAGCAGGGGACGGACGAUAAAAACGUGAGAUUUAAACGGGACACGCAGACGGAGGACAGCGACAGGACUGAAAGCCGAACUGCUCUCUGAUCUGAAGCAGUGACACUAAAAUAAUCAUCUGAAUAGUGAAGACGCUGCAGGCGCUUUGAUUCUUCGUCGAGCAGCUUUAAGUCUACUUUAAAUGAUUCCCGUGGUCGAACAUCACAGCACUGAUUUUAUAAUAUAUAUAAUAACAAUCAGCUGCUGCGUUUCGAUCACCAGUUAAAUGACACUUUAAACUUUAUUGUGAGAGACAAAUUAUCUUCCUACGUUUCGUUUGUUUUUCAUGUUUAUAAUUUAACGGAAAUUAAAUGUUCAAAUGUCACUUUAUUUUCCAUCUUUGCACGUUAAGCA